CCCUCGUCUGAAUCCUGCCUCCCCCAAAACACAUCAAAUACCUAAUAUUAAGUAUGUGCAUUUUAAACUUCCAACUAUGAUAAGCAAGAUAGUACUCAAAGCUGUAUGUGGUGGACAGAUGAGAAAAAUAAGACAUAGCGUAAUCGAGUGCCUUUAUCCCAUGGCCUCGCCACUCUGGAAUGUUAGUCUUCGCUCAAUCUUUUUUUUUUUAAUUUUUUAUUAUGUUAAUCACCAUAUAUUACAUCAUUAGUUUUUGAUGUAGUGUUCCAUGGUUCCUUGUUUGUCAUCGUUCAAUCUUUAUGAAUCUUAAGGCUUAAAAUAUUUUUGCUUCAUGUUUACUUUGCAUCUAUUUGAAUAUUAGAUGCACUUUUUAAAAAAUUGAGUAUUUGCAAUUUUUUAAAAAUAAGUGGCUUAUUGAGCUAUUUAAAAAAUUAGUCUUUUUCUUAUUCCUUUUAGAAUAGGAUGUGGAGAGUGGAUCUCAUAUAUUGAUGGUGGAAUGGGUUGGUAUACUGACUGGAAAACAGUUGGCAAUUUCUCUCUCACAUGCAUACGCCUUUUCCUCCAUUCUUCCCUAUUUCUGGCCUUUGGUCCUCAAAGCCUGUCUUCCUCUCUCGACCCAGGGAAAGCUCCGCCUGCGUCCUCGCUCCAGCCCUUCGCCCUGGGCACUAACCUUUUUUGACUUUCGGUGGCCUUUUCCCCUAUUACUCGCCCCCAAGCCUAACUGGCGCGUUCCGGCGCUUUUAUUUCCUAGUCAGUGACCACCAUCCCUAUGCCCUCAGAGCUUCUGCGGACGUCGUGCUUUGUCCAAAAGUCGCUUCAAGCCCAUUUUUGCUAGAAACUCGGUGGAGGAAGCGUCUGUAGGUGGGUUCGCCUUUUCCCAAGCGUGUUUUGUGACGGACAAAUACCUCCACUUCCUGUUAACAGGGUCGUGCCAACUGAGCCGUCUAAUUUUAAUCUUCUAGUCGGCUAGCUGAAAGGGAUGUCCGCCGCGUCCUUUUUGCCCGGUUUAAGCGUCCGCCUGGACACGCCCGUGCGUUUCUGCCGGACCCACCGGCCCGUCCGCUUUCCCAGCCGCCCCUGCUCGCGGGCGCAGAAGAGGCCCCUCGGCUCGCCGUACGACCGUCAUCCAAGAUGGGCGCCCCCGUAGGGCACGGCCAGGGCGCGGCCAUGUUGCCGCAGCGGAAAAACCGGGAUCCGGUUGCCUUUUCUCUGGAAACGCCUCAGACCCUUGUUGGCCACCGUCCCGGGGUGCUGAGGGACGCUGGCGAAGUUUAGCGAAGUAAGUUCAGGCGCCCACCGGUCGCGGUGGUGUGUGGCGAAAAUCAGGUGCUGGCUUCCCAGGAUAAGAGGGAUCAAGGGGGAAAGGAAGAGAAGAUUCCAAGACUUAGGUAACGUCAUUUCUGGGGAAACCCUUGAUUGGAGACUGAGAUUUUUGAACAGAAAUUUAGAGCUGAUCCAGAAGAGCUAAAGACCGAGAAUCCAAGUUAGCAGCUAUUUCCCAAAAUCAGAAGAAGAUGAUCCAAGCCCAGGAAUCCCUGACAUUUGAUGAUGUGGCUGUGGACUUCACCUGGGAGGAGUGGCAGCUCUUGGUCCCUGCUCAGAAGGACUUGUACCGGGACAUGAUGUUGGAAAAUUAUAGGAACCUGGUAUCAGUGGGGUAUCAAGCCAGCAAACCAGAUGCACUCUCCAAGUUGGAACGAGGAGAACUUUGGACGCUAGAAGAUGAAAUCCACAGCCGAAUCUGCCCAGAAAUCAGGAAAGUUGAUGAUCCUCUGCAAUGUCACUUGCAAAAUCGAAGCAUUCAGAAGAGUGUGAAACAAUGCUGUGAACAUAAUACAUUUGCAAAUACUCUUAAUCAGAGUGAAAGUCAUUUCCUGUUAAAGCAAAAUUAUGAUAUGUUUGACUUACUUGAAAAACCGUUAAAAUCAAAUUUAAGUUUUAAAAGCCAGAGUAUAAACUGUAACUCAAAGAACUCUACUGAAUUUAAUGAAGAUGGAAAAUCUCUUCUGCAUACUAACCAUGAACAAUUUUAUAGUGUAAUAAAAUUUCCUAUAAGUGUAAAACCCACCAACAAUAAUUCCCAGGUCAUUGAGCAGCAGAGAACUCCGAAGUUGCGGAGAGCCCAUGUAUGCUGUGAAUGUAGGAAAGUCUUCGUCAAGGUGUCUCAGCUCAUUGAUCAUCAGAGAGUUCAUACUAGAGAGAAACCUCAUGGAUGCAGUCUGUGUGGGAAGGCAUUCUCUAGAAAAUCCAGGCUAACAGAACAUCAGAGAAUUCAUACAGGACUGAAACACUAUGAAUGUACUGAAUGUGACAAAACAUUCCUCAAGAAAUCACAGUUCAAUAUACACCAGAAAACACAUAUGGGACAGAAGCCUUAUACAUGUAAUGAAUGUGGGAAAGCGUUCAUCAAGAAGUGUCGGCUUAUUUAUCAUCAGCGAACUCAUACAGGAGAGAAGCCCCAUGGAUGCAGUGUAUGUGAGAAAGCCUUCUCUACAAAGUUUAGUCUCACUACACAUCAGAAAACUCAUACAGGAGAGAAACCUUAUAUAUGCAGUGAAUGUGGAAAAGGCUUCAUUGAGAAGAGGCGUCUUGUUGCACAUCAUCGAACUCAUACUGGUGAGAAACCUUUUAUAUGCAAUGAAUGUGGGAAAGGUUUCACCUUGAAGAACAGUCUUAUCACACAUCAGCAAACUCAUACAGAACAGAAAUUAUAUACAUGCAGUGAAUGUGGAAAAGGCUUUUCAAUGAAGCACUGUCUCAUCGUACAUCAGCGAACUCAUACAGGAGAGAAACCCUACACAUGCAAUGAGUGUGGAAAAGGCUUCACCUUGAAGAGUCCUCUUAUCAGGCAUCAGCGAACACAUACAGGAGAGAAACCCUAUGUAUGUAGUGUAUGUGGAAAAGGCUUUACCAUGAAGAGUGAUCUCAUUGUACAUCAGCGAACUCAUACUGCAGAGAAGCCAUAUAUAUGCAAUGAUUGCGGGAAAGGCUUCACUGUGAAGAGCCGUCUGAUUGUACAUCAACGCACUCAUACAGGAGAGAAACCUUAUGUAUGCAGUGAAUGUGGAAAAGGCUUUCCAGCAAAGAUACGGCUGAUUGGACAUCAACGAACUCAUACAGGAGAAAAGCCCUAUAUAUGCAACGAAUGUGGAAAAGGCUUCACAGAGAAGAGUCAUCUCAAUGUACAUAGGCGCACUCAUACAGGAGAGAAACCCUAUAUAUGUAACGAAUGUGGCAAAGGCUUAACUGGAAAGAGCAUGCUGAUUGCACAUUUGCGAACUCAUACUGGGGAGAAACCGUAUAUAUGCAAUGAAUGUGGAAAAGGCUUCACCAUGAAGAGUACUCUAGGUAUACAUCAGCAAACUCAUUCUGGGGAGAAACCAUACAAAUGCAAUGAAUGUGAUAAAGCCUUCAGGAAGAAGACCUGCCUCAUACAACAUCAGAGAUUUCACACAGGAAAAACUUCCUUUGCAUGUACUGAAUGUGGAAAAUUUUCUUUGCGUAAAAAUGAUCUCAUUACCCAUCAGAGAAUUCACACAGGAGAGAAACCAUAUGAAUGCUGUGAAUGUGGGAAAGCCUUCACUACAAAGUCAGGGCUCAAUGUUCAUCAAAGAAAACAUACAGGAGAGAGGCCCUAUGGAUGCAGUGAUUGUGGGAAAACUUUUGCCCACUUGUCAAUCCUUGUUAAACAUAAGAGAAUUCACAGCGGAGACAAGCCUCAUGUAUGCAGUGAAUGUGGGAAAGCCUUCAUCAAGAAGUCCUGGCUCACUGAUCACCAGAUCAUUCAUACAGGAGAGAAACCCCACAGGUGUAGCCUGUGUGGGAAAGCAUUCUCCAGAAAGUUCAUGCUCACUGAACACCAGAGAACACAUACAGGAGAAAAACCUUAUGAAUGCACUGAAUGUGGCAAAGCCUUCCUGAAGAAAUCGCGGCUCAAUAUACAUCAGAAAACACAUACAGGAGAGAAACCAUAUAUAUGCAGUGAAUGUGGAAAAGGCUUCAUCCAGAAGGGAAAUCUUAUUGUACAUCAGCGAAUCCAUACUGGAGAGAAACCUUACAUAUGCAAUGAGUGUGGGAAAGGCUUCAUCCAGAAGACAUGCCUGAUAGCACAUCAAAGAUUUCACACAGGAAAGACUCCCUUUGUGUGCAGUGAAUGUGGAAAAUCCUGUUCCCAGAAGUCAGGUCUCAUUAAACAUCAAAGAAUUCACACGGGAGAGAAACCCUUUGAAUGCAGUGAAUGUGGGAAAGCCUUUACCACAAAGCAAAAGCUUAUUGUCCAUCAGAGAACUCACACAGGUGAAAGACCCUAUAUCUGUAAUGAGUGUGGGAAAGCUUUUGCCUACAUGUCUUGCCUUGUUAAACAUAAGAGAAUACACACAAGAGAGAAAUGUGGAGAUUCGGUCAAAAUGGAAAGUCCUCCCUCAGAGAAUCACAGCUCAUCACAGACUAGUGGUGCCAUGCAGGAGAAAGACCUUGUCAAUACAGUGACUAUGGAAGUGCCUUCUGUGGCUUGUCAGACGCCACUAAACAUCAGUGGGCUCUUAGCAAAUAGGAAUGUGGUCAUAGUGGGACAGCCUGCAGCCAGAUGUGCACCCUCAGGAGACAACAGAGGAUUUACACAGGACAGAAACCUUAUGAAUGCAGUGAAUAUAGUUAUGCCUUCAGUGGUCAAUUAUGUCUUAUUUUAUGUUGCAGAAAACCAGUAGGAGAAAGCUCAGAGACCUUCUAUGUGGAGAAGGGUUGAGGAAAAAUUUCUAGGUCAUAGUAUGGCUGAAAAGUAUAUACUGAGAGGAACUAUAUAAAUGCUGAGGCUGGGAAAGCAUGAUCUCCUCAUCCUAUUAAAAAUAUGCAUUGAUACACAGGCAUAAUCUGAUGUUAACCCAAAUACAUACAUAUCAAUUUCUCUUUUAUAUCUGUUAAAGGCAUAAAGGAAGUCUGAGUUCAACUAAGUAGAGGAAGUAAGUAGGUGAAUUCUAAAAACAUACAAGAAAAUUUGUAUCUGGAAUGCUGCUAUGAAAGAAAAAUCAGGAAAGGGCUAACCUUGGGUGGGUGGGAUAUGGAGCAUGUGUAUAUCAAUUCAGUCUCUGCAGGCCAAGGUGAAGGAUUAAUUAGGAACUGGGAUGUCUGCUAAAAACUCUUAGGGGCACUUAUGAAAUUGCAGCUUUAGAUUGAGUCAGUUCAUUCAUUUACCAAGUAUUUGUCAAAUACUUCCUUUGUACUGGGUCCUGUUUGAAGAAGUGAGGAUACAGUGGUGACCAAAACAGAAUAAGCCCAUGGUCUCCUGGACACAGCAUUGAGGUAACUGGAUUAUCUUUAACAUUUUUUAAGUGGGGGCUCCACCCAACAUGGGGUAGAACUCAUGAACCUAAGAUCAAGAGUGGCAUGCUCUACUGACUGAGCCAGCCAGGUGCCCCAUGGAUUAUCUUUAAGUGAUACCUUUACACACCAGCUAUUCUAGUGAGAGAAUGUAAAUAUCUAUAUUAAGUGAGAUGGAUAUGAAUCAUUGGUUCAAGGAAAUAGGACAAUAUAUUGUUGAAGGAGUAUAUUAUUUGGGGGGAUGGGGGAAAGACUUAUGCUUGUUGAGCACUGUAACACAAACUUAUUUUUAAAAUGCCUAUUUCUUAUCUCCUUAAGAUUAUAAAUUCCCUAAGUUUAGUGGCUUUACUUAAAUUUUAAUGUAUUUUUAAUUAACUUUUUAUGUUUAAAAAAAUCAAAACCAGAAAGAUGAAAAAUCAUUGCCUCAGUCACACUAACCACAUUUUAAUUGCUCAACAGUCACAUGUGACUAGUGGCUGUAGAACUGGACAGCAGAGACAAUGAGCAAAAAAGGUGUGACACUGAAUGAAUCUCUGUCAUGAUUUCCAUUACACCAGAAGGUUAUACUGGAGAGUGCUGGUUUUCAUGAUUUUAUAUUUCCCAGCACAUAGGGAAAAAAAAGGAACGUAAUUAUAUUUAGAUUCAAAAGUGAAUGAAUAUAUUAAUGGGCUAAUCAAAUCUGUUUUGUCACUGAAGGGAAAUAUGGUUCUAAAGAACUGUCACCCCAAAGUGUUUUCAUUGUGAUCGGAGAGACUUAAUAACAGAUUAUAAAAGGUCAAAGCAGAAAAAGAGGUAAUAAUAAAAUGUAUUCUUAGUCCUUGUGAAUAAAGAAUUCCCCAUCCCUUCAUAUUCUGGUCACUCCA